AUGAACCUAAAGGUUCCUGUCGGUCUGAUCAUCGGGGAUCGUAACACUAUCCUAGGGAGGAAGCUUCCCCAUCGAUAUAAUGUGAUGGCAUACUUUCGUAUAACAGAUAUUUGGUAUGAGAAGGUGGGAGAUAAGGCAGGGGCCAAGUUGCGCUUUGAGAAGCUAGAUCUCUCAUCUCAGAGCUGCUUUAUCAACUACCGUACGCCACCUGAUCCAGAGAUGCAGCCGCAUUACAGUCUUGUCCCUGAUCUAUUAUCGACCCUGGAAAAAGGAAAUCAGGACAUUAGUUUCUCGCGCAUUGCAUGGAAGGGCAUUGUUAGGGACCUGGGAUUGAGACGAUAUCCCCUGCAGCAAAGCGUGGUCGCUGGGACACUUACUGCCCACUUUGCAGUCAAUUAUGGAAUGCCAUAUAAAUACGUCGUGUCUGUAGCAUCUAAGGCAUUUGAUGAAGCUCCUAGUGAGAUUCUACGGGCACUGGGACGCUUGACAUGGGCAACAGAGAGAGCGGUUAAUGAAACCGGAGAUACUUUCCUUCCCCCAAAUGAACUACUUGUCCUAGGAUACUUUGAAGAUAUGAAAAUUGGAGUAUGUAGCAGGUCUACCAUGUUUAUACGGAUGAAGAACAAGUAUUAUCAUGGAUUCAGCAAAUCCAAAAAGCUUCUGGAUAUUGAUCCAGUCCUCCAAGGUUGUGCAUCCCAGCAUCAACGACAUGCCUUGAAGAAUGAUUUCGAGAGCGGCAAAUUGUCGCGAGCUGCAUAUGACAAGCUGCGAAGAGAGAUGUUCAAGAAAAGUAGAAGUGGAGAAGCGCCUCCUGCUAUCAAGAUGGAACUCAACCAUGGAGAUCUCGUGGUGAUGCAUGGAGAGAGUCUUCAGAAGUACUACGAGCAUUCGGUUGUACCGGAGAAAAAGCUACGGUUUGCAUUGACCGCCCGAUAUAUCAAGCCAGAGCAUGUUGAUGCCAACGAACUGCAGAAGGGAGCAUUUAAGCUGUCGUCUGACCAGAUAUAUGAUGGAAAAUGA